AGAUCUGUGGUUGGCGGCCCAUACCCCAACUGGGGUGACGGGCAUGAGUGAGUGAGAGUGAGUUAGAAGGGCUAAAACACUAAGGAGGGAGCAAAACGGUGCAGGAUGGUGUUUAACUAUCACCAGGGGGAUGAAAGCAAAAGAAGCUUUAGGCCAAAUAUCAGAAAAAGAGUGUGUGGAAUAAUCUCCCAAAAGGAACUGGGGGAGAAGGGAGCGGGGAAGCCCCUAUCACAUUAUCUUAAGCUGCAAAAUGUCACUUCCCAUUCCCGUUUCUCCUUACCAAUGUGACCAGCUAUCCAGAAAUUAUAUUGACAGUUGUGAUGCAGAUUUAUUGAUAUUUCAUGUUAAAAGGAUAAGUAGAUCUGAACAGCCCAGGCGUGAAAUAUAACUGGACAGCUCAGAUAAUCAGUGUGUGUGCAUAUAAAUGGAUGUAUUCGUGUAGAGCACAGGGCUGUGUGCAGUAAUUGCAGUAAAACCUAAAGCCACAUGAAACUCACCCACUUUGGGGGAUCAUAACAAACCCAAGAUAAGAUCAGAACUUGGAUCAGUGGAGGAUUUAGAACAGAAGCCCAUUGGAAAUGCACGGUUCCAUAUGAGAGAAACCCAAAUGAAAAAUACUAGCUCAGAACACAUCAGAACUCUAGGGUGUUAAAAAUCGGAGCCCUGAUCUGAAAUUUCCAGAUGAUCCCUAUUUCUAAUGGGCCCAACAAACGUAAGAUUUUAAGCAGUGGUUCUAAUCCAUGGUUUUGGUCCAGGCCUCUGUGCAAUCAGUGCAGUGAUAAUGUCCUCAUUCAAACAGAGAAGGGUCAACGGGCAAUGGUUUUCCAUACAUCACUGUGGGGCCAGACUUGCAGCCAUUGCAAGCAGCUGGUAGAUGCCCCAAAGCCCUGCAUGACACAGCAGUUCAUUCUCAGUGCAUGCUCUCCUGCCUCAGAGAGAGCAGAGGCAGAGGUUACUCUCAGCUUGGUUUUUUCGAAAGCCCUCCUCUAUCAGGACGGGGGCCCUGUCGUUGGUAUGGCUGCACCUACAUCAUAAUUUAAAAUUCAUACUGUGAUUUGUGCAAUUCAGGAGUCUGGACUUCAUGACUGCUUGUUUAACUCCAGAUCCUUCGAGUGCUGAGUGCCCUCCAUCCUUAUGGAACUCGAUAAGCAUUGAGGAUGCUCAGCACCUUGCCGAAUCAGACCCUUAGUGCCGGAAGGGAUUUUCAACAACAGCAUCUAAGUGAUGUAGGAACAGAAGCCUUAUUGAAAGGGCCAGAUCCUGCAGACACUUAGAGUAUGUCUACACUGCAAUAAAAACCCAGCAGCACCGAUCCUCAGAGCCUGGGUCAGCUAACUCAGGGUCACAGGGCCCAGCCUUUGGAGCUAAAAUAGCAGGGUAGAUGUUCAGGCUCUGAGACCCUCGCAGGGUCUCAGAGCCCAGGCUCCAUUUUGAGCCUGAACGUCUACACUGCUAUUUUUAGCCCCGCUAUCCUAAAUCAGCUGACUUGGGCCAGCUGCCACCCUGCCAUGUGUCUUUUAUUGCAGUGUAGACGUAACCUUAGGCAUGAGCUUAACUGGAAGCAUUCAGUGAGACCACACCAUGCACAAAGUUAACCACCUGCAUAAACGUUUGCUGGGUCAGGAAGAGCGUACACGCAGCCCUGAUUUUCAGUGCUCCUGAGUUCUCACAGUGCCCUCGACUUCAGUGGGAGCUUUGCCUGGUGGAGUUGAAAAUCAAGCUCUUAAUCUAUAUGCAAUAUUCCAAAUUAUAAAGAUGUGUGGUUUUAACUCGGGCUGUCUGAUAUCCUUUCAAUGAAAUCUUAAAUACCUUGAAAUGUGAGGUUUUUUUAUUGUGUUUGUGUCACAAAAUACGUUCAAGUUUGUACAAAAAAAUUCAACUUUUGAAUUUCUUUUUAUUUAUUAUUUGGAUGCCUAGGAGCCUCCAUCGUGGACAAUGACCCCAUAGUGCUAGGUGCUGUCCAAAGAACCGAACUUACCUGAAUAACUGCCUGAUGAACUUCUCAUCUGAAUAGACAAGAAUGACACAGCGUGGUAGGGAAGGGAUGCAACACACAAGCAGAGUGAACAAUGUGAUGGUAGCAAAUAUCAUUGCUGACAGCAUAUUUGACCCUGUACAAAACACAAAAUGAAGGCAGUUCCUGUCCAAAAGGGGGAACUGACAAUCCGAGCAAGACUGAUGCACCCAAGACAGGAUGCCCUGGGCAGCACAGAAGGGGGACCAGCUCUCUCCUCUCGUGGUUCAGUCAUGAUGGAUGAGGAUGAUGGAUUGAGUGAAAGAGGUCUCAGCAACUCCAGGAAGAGAUAUGAUGAUGAUGAAGACUACCAUUCCAUUUACAUCGGGGUGCCAAUGCCACGGGGCUACAGGAGGAAAAGGCGCAGACGGAGAUCCACCUCCAGCCGGGAUAAAACCAGCGAGAAUGAAAGGCUCUACGAGCGCCAGGACCGCUCAGAUACCGAUGAAGGAGGGCAAGCAAGCUACGACAAUGGGAACGACAACGCCAGCAGGACGAUGUCUCCAGCUGCUGAACGCCUUCGUUACAUCCUGGGUGAAGACGAUGAUCCUCCAAACCCCACCCUGUUCACUGAGAUGGACACACUGCAGCACGAUGGAGAAGAAAUGGAGUGGAAAGAAUCUGCCAGGUGGAUAAAGUUUGAAGAAAAGGUGGAAGAAGGAGGGGAGAGAUGGAGCAAACCUCAUGUGUCAACGUUAUCUUUGCACAGCCUGUUUGAACUACGCACGUGUCUACAGACAGGGACGGUGCUCCUAGACUUAGAUGGCUACUCCUUACCACAGAUCAUCGAUGAUGUUAUUGAAAAGCAGAUAGAGGAUGGUCUGCUCAAGCCAGAGCUGAGAGAGAAAAUAAGUUACGUGCUCCUGAGGAAACACCGCCACCAGACCAAGAAGCCAAUCCACCGAUCCUUGGCAGACAUUGGCAAAUCAGUCUCGUCCAACACAAAUCGCAGUCCUGUCCGGAGCCCAGCAACAGGGGCCAGCUUCCACCGCUCCACCGAAGAUCUUAGAAUGAGACAGAACGCAAAUUAUGGACGUUUACGCCAUGCGCAAAGCAGAAGCAUGAAUGACAUUACAGAUACACCAAGCACAGAUCAGGUACUAAAAAAUAAAUUCAUAAAGAAGAUCCCCAAAGACGCGGAAGCCUCCAAUGUCCUGGUGGGAGAGGUGGACUUCCUGGAGAAGCCAUUCGUGGCAUUCGUGAGGCUUAUACAGUCCACCAUGCUGGGCGGGGUGACGGAAGUUCCCGUCCCCACUAGGUUCCUUUUUAUUCUCCUGGGUCCUUCAGGAAAGGCAAAAUCCUACAAUGAAAUCGGCCGAGCUAUCGCCACCCUCAUGGUAGAUGACCUUUUCAGUGAUGUGGCCUACAAAGCCAGGGACCGAGAUGACCUGAUUGCAGGAAUAGAUGAGUUUCUGGAUGAAGUCAUUGUCCUCCCGCCAGGGGAGUGGGAUCCAAACAUUAGAAUAGAGCCACCCAAAAAAGUACCUUCCGCUGAGAAGAGGAAAUCAGUGUUCUCACUGAACGAAGCAGGGCAGAUGAACGGCACCGCGGGAGGAGCGGCAGGAGGGGGCGGCGGCGGAGGUGGAGGGGGCGGCAGUGGCAGUGACGACGGAGAAAUGCCAGCUGUGCAUGAAGUUGGGGAAGAGCUUGUCUGGACGGGCAGGUUUUGCGGCGGCCUGUAUUUGGAUAUCAAGAGGAAGCUGCCCUGGUUCCCCAGUGAUUUCUAUGAAGGCUUUCAUAUCCAGUCUAUCUCCGCCAUCCUCUUCAUUUACCUGGGCUGCAUCACAAAUGCCAUAACAUUUGGGGGGCUGCUUGGUGAUGCUACAGACAACUACCAGGGGGUCAUGGAGAGCUUCCUCGGCACAGCGAUGGCGGGCUCCCUGUUCUGCUUCUUUGCCGGGCAGCCGCUCAUUAUCCUCAGUAGCACAGGGCCCAUCCUCAUCUUCGAAAAGCUACUCUUCGACUUCAGCAAAGGCAACAGCAUAGACUACAUGGAGUUCCGUCUGUGGAUCGGCUUACACUCUGCCCUACAGUGCCUUAUCCUGGUGGCUACAGACGCCAGCUUCAUUAUAAAGUACAUCACACGCUUCACUGAGGAGGGGUUCUCCACCCUCAUCAGCUUUAUAUUCAUCUAUGAUGCUAUCAAGAAGAUGAUCGGCGCCUUUAAGUAUUACCCUAUCAAUGCAGACUUCAAACCAGACUACGUGACCAUGUACAAAUGCGAGUGCAUUGCUCCUGACCCAGUGAAUACAACAUUGUUCAAUGCUUCAGCUCCGCUGGCACCAAACAACACUAACAUUUCUGUGUACAAUGCUAUUAAUGUAACAGCUCUGGACUGGACCCAGCUGAGUAAGAAGGAAUGUCUAAAGUAUGGCGGAAGCCUAGUAGGGAAAUCCUGUAAAUUUGUUCCUGACUUAGCCCUCAUGUCCUUCAUCCUCUUCUUUGGGACUUAUUCCAUGACUGUAACGCUGAAGAAAUUCAAGUUCAGUCGCUACUUUCCUACAAAGGUCAGGGCCUUCAUUGCUGAUUUUUCCAUUGUCUUCUCCAUUCUGCUGUUCUGUGGAAUAGAUGCCUGGUUUGGCCUGGACACUCCAAAGCUGCAUGUUCCCAGUAUAAUUAAGCUACGUAAACUUAUUAGUGACUUCUCUAUCUUCAUGUCCAUACUAAUGUUUGUUGGUCUCGAUGUAUUGUUUGGACUGAAUACUCCUAAACUGCAAGUGCCUACUGAUUUUAAGCCCACUCGCUUAGAUCGAGGAUGGUUUGUGUUCCCAUUCGGUAAGAAUCCAUGGUGGAUCUACUUGGCCAGCGCCCUUCCAGCUCUGCUGGUUACCAUCUUGAUCUUCAUGGACCAGCAAAUCACAGCUGUCAUAGUCAAUAGGAAGGAGCACAAACUGAGGAAAGCGGCAGGCUAUCACCUGGACUUGUUCUGGGUGGGGGUCCUGAUGGCCGUGUGUUCAUUCAUGGGGCUGCCUUGGUACGUAGCUGCCACGGUCAUUUCCAUAGCCCACAUCGACAGCUUAAAGAUGGAGACGGAGACCAGCGCGCCAGGGGAGCAGCCACAGUUCCUGGGAGUGAGGGAGCAGAGAGUCACCGGAAUCAUUGUCUUUGUCCUGACUGGGAUAUCCGUCUUCCUGGCUCCAAUUCUGAAGUAUAUUCCGAUGCCGGUGCUGUAUGGUGUCUUUCUCUACAUGGGAGUUGCCUCUCUGAAUGGCAUUCAGUUCUGGGACCGCUGCAAGCUCUUCCUGAUGCCAGCCAAGCACCAGCCUGACUACGCCUUCCUUCGCCAUGUGCCCCUGCGGCGGAUCCACCUCUUCACCCUGGUGCAGAUCAUCUGCCUAGCCAUCCUCUGGAUCCUGAAGUCCACUGUGGCGGCUAUUAUCUUCCCUGUGAUGAUUUUAGCCUUAAUCUUAGUGAGGAAAAUGCUGGAUUUCGUCUUUUCCCAACACGACCUGGCCUGGAUUGAUAACAUCAUCCCCGAGAGAGAGAAAAAGAAGGAAGACGACAAGAAGAAGAAGAAGAAAGGCAACAAAGGGGAAGAGGAGAGUGAGGAUGAGCCUCGGUUCCCAACACCCUCAGUUAUAAAGAUCCCAAUGGAACCCGUCCAAUCAGACCCCCAAAAUGGUAUCCAUUGCAUUACCAGAAAGAGGUCCUCCAGCUGGAGCUUUGCGUUCUGAUUCCUCUCCUAACGGUUCAGACUUGGAUCGCAGUAUUACGCUUCACCUGAAGAUUUCCUGCCCAUCAUCUCCUGCGUUUAACUACUCCCGAAACCCUCUCUGCGGCGUGCCCCAGGUGAAGAUAGAGAUGGAGUCAGACUAUGAAGACAGUGACACAGAAAAGCACCCUCGGGACAUGGGCAGCGAGACCACAUUGUAGUCCCACACUGUCCUUCCUUUGUGAUGAUAUAUAAAUAAGAAAAUUGGGCCUAUUUUUCUAUGUGACAAACUGAGGAGAUCAUUGGUCCCCAGGACCCAUUUCUCCAUUAGCUUUUAGCAGAAUAAAUUAGAACUGCUGUGGAAUUCCACCCCGUUCAGUUGGGCCAAGAAACCACCGCCAGCUUCAGAGCAAUGCUAGGAAUGUGGAAAUGGUACUUUAGGACUCUGGUCCCUGCAGUAAUAGGGGACAUUAGACCCUGGGCGGUUGCUGCUAUUUCAAUGAAGACUCUGAAGAUAGCAGGGCCACCUUCCUUCAGCAUCUGGACCCUGACAUUACCAGCAUUGGAGAGCCACACCCUUUCCAGUGCAAGCUUCAACUCCACCAUUCUCGUGUAGUCUGUAUCCCUAUUAGCGUUAGUUGGCCCAGGGAGGAUUCACAAAUGCUUGAGCAGUAAUCUGUGACAUUCCGUUGGGGAUGGGAGGGGAGAUUUCAGGACUGUAAACUGCAGUUUAUUGCAUGUUUUACACACCAUAUGCAGCAAACAAUGCACACCCCAGAAACAAAACAGGGCUAAGAAAAAUUCCCUUUUUGGGACGUUAUGGAAUGUUUAGACUCUAAGUGGAAAACUUCCCUGGCUGCUGCUUAAAAAUACAGCCAUAGCCCUUUCAAACUGCUUCUGUCCUGUAGGAAGGUUUCUGUAUGAACUCUGUGUUACCCCGUGGCAUUCACUCUCCGGAGCUAGGAGCAAUUUUAAAGGGUUAGGCUUGUAAAAAGCUAAACUCAGGCACUUCCCACCCUCUCUCUCUGCUGAAGUUAUAAUGAUACUGUUCUAAGCAGACUUAGUCCAUGUAACUCCUAUUGUUAAUGGAGAAACUUGUAAGAGGUUGACACACACAAACUGCCAUUGUCCAGGCCAGUCAGGCUGAACUAGCCCACCACCAACCAUCAAAGCUGACUCCACCCAUGUCACCUGAUGUACUAGAAAGUCCUGUGGGUAACCAUUACAGGGGCAAUGACUGUCUAGCUUUUACUUUGCAGCAUGUUCUACUCCAGCAACAGUCUUCCUCGAAAGGACCAUCCAUACUUUUGCUCAACCCAGCCACAUACAAAUAACUGUCUGGAAGGUAAGAAGCACUUAUGGGCUGUGAAAUGUUUGGUUAAUCCUAGGGUUAGAGAUGGAAGAGCCCUAACUGCUCUAAUCCAUUCCCUUCCAGCCCAGGCAUUAUCUAAACAGGAGUGGAGAAAUCCACAGGGUGGUAUUUUUAUGAUACAUGCCAGAGUCAGCUCAACAAUAGAACUUCCUGCUCUGAAAGCACAGGCCCCUGCCACUGGAGCAAAAGAGGGCUUUGCUGUUAUAGCAUGUCCUAUGACAAUUGAGCAGUUAUGAUUCCAUAUACUAGCCAGAUGGUAGCAACAGCAGUCCUGCUGGGAAGUGACUUACAUGCCCUUCUCAGUUAAUUUUUUAAUGAGGAAUGAAUGUUUGAUAUGUCAGAUUGGAUUGCUGGCCUUUUCCCUCCACUAGGCUAUUGAGAAAGAGAUAGGGAUUACGGACAGCUCAGUUAACUGUGGGGGUGAAACUAACAACUUGUGUUGUUGGAAUCAGAAGGUUCCAUAACUUGGGUGAAAGGCAAAUGUCUGCUACUUAGCCUCAAUGUAAGUGAAAAGUAGGGUGGUGACCCUAUCUUAGCUAACCAUAGGCAAAGUGUGUCUAGAAGGGGCAGUGAUAUACAUACAUGUCUAUUUGUGCCAGUUUUAAUUAACAGUUGAGUUGAUAUACUUCCCAGUUUAGUCAGGGGAGGAAGGCUACGGGGCUCAGAAAAGUUUCUGCAGCUGCAGAUUUUAGUGCAACUCCACACCAAGCUCAUUCUUGGUUAAGUCAGUGACUUGAAACAUGUUUAGUUUUUUUAAUUCAAAUUAUAAGGUGCAGCCUUUGGCAGUAGUCCCUUGAGUGCUGGUUACAGAUAAAAAAAAAUUCAAGGGAAGCCCUUUCUUAAGAGCCAGUUCCUACUUUUGAUUUUCAGUCCCCCCCUCCCCAUGCUUUCAAAACCAUUAAGGGGCAGGAAAUUCAGUUCAGUUACAUUGGUGCAAAUACAGACCUUAGGUUAUUUUGCAUUUGAGUUUAGUGCACAGCACUUUAGCUUUUAUCUUUAUACAAACACCUCAACCCUUACAGUAGGGCAUCUUCCUUACUAUCACUUUGGCCAGCCCUUGCUUCCUCUACAAUUGCCCCUCCCUUAAACAUGGCUCUUGCACAUACUGCCAGAUGAUGUGAGCCUGCUUUGAACUGAUUUUUAGAAGUCUAGUUCAGAUGUGUGGGUUUGCUCUCAAAGGCCUGUUACUAGUUAAUCCUUUCAAACUGGCAGCUGGAUACUGUUGCAAUGGUUAAUAUGUUACUGUACCUACUCACUCAUUGGUGCACUUUUCAGAAAGGAAAGCAACAAAAUUGUCUUGAGGGUUUUUAUUUUUAGAAAAAAUGCAAUUGUAAGCUAAGUUCAGAAAGAAAUGGAAAAAAAUAUCAGCCAUUUAAGAUUGCUGCAAAGAACAAGCCCUCAGUGUUUUGUUAUAAAUUCCACCUGCAUGCAUCUUUAAGAGCAGGCUUCAUGGUUUUUUAGGAUAAAAGAGCCCUGUUUCUGACAAAGUCUACUCUGCAGGGGUUCUGGAAUGCUGGUUAAAUAUUGCAACUGCUUUGAACCCUAGAAUGAAACAGAUGCUGGUUCUUUGUAAAUAUUUAAGUGAAGUCCAACAAAAGAAAACUUGAAUUCAGUUUCCUAUUUAUAGUAUUUUCUAGCUUGAGUACCCAGCAAGACUGUUUUUGAAUGUGAGAUUAAUAAAACAGUAUUACUCCAGUUGACAGUUAAGUGACAGACACUUAAUUAUUACAUGUUAAGGUAAAAACUAUUUGAACUUAAAGGUGGUUCUGUAUAUUUUCUAGUUUAUUUUGUAUCAGUCUUGUCUGUGGUAGCUAAAGCAUGAUAGGCUUACAAGCUUAAUUACUUUUUAAAAGGUUAAUCUACUUUAUGCAAUAUGUCCGUUCAGUUUCAAUGUACAAAGCAAAUUGAAAAGGCUUUGUUGACUCAACUAAGUGUUCAUGUAGCACAAGAAUAUGCUUGACUUUUAAAUCAAGGAAGCUAUAAAGUACAGUUUCAGUUUUAAUUAAAUCCAUGCAGUUUUCAAUGUCACAGGCUGUUUACACUUUUGUAUAUGUAAAGUGAUUUGAAGAGUACCAGACUUGCAGUCUAUUUGCUACUAAAUACAGUAGCUAUUUUACAUUUCAUUAACAAUCCAAUAAAUCGCAUUAAAUUCUCUUCACUUUGUAGUGUGUUCAUGAUACAAACCAAAAUCUUAACUUCCAGAAUUUCACUCAUAUCAAAAAUGCAUCCCUCCUAUACAACAACCUGCUAAGACCAGUCUAGUGGAGGUGGUGGUAAAAUCCAGGUAACACUUAUAU